AUGUCCACGAUCCCCAAGCACUUUGGCCUGAGCUAUAAGGAAGAAUCGUACAUGUUUAGAGAGCUUGAGAAGGUCCGCAGGAAGACCAAACAGGAUCUUCUCCGCUUCAAGCAGAGGCUGGCCUCCAAGACCUUCGUGGACGGAGUCCCGGCCGUCAGUGGCCCGGCCAGGCCCGGGGCCAAGGGGGGCUUCCCCUGCGCUCGGCCCCGGGAGCCGCCGGGGCUCCUCCCUUGGGCCAAGGGCCCCGCGGCCCCCGCGGCGGGCCUCCUGCAGCGGGCGCUCCGCGAGGCCGGGCCCUGGGACCCCGGGGAGGGCGCCGCGCCCUGGAGGCCCCCGUUCCGCCCCCGGGACUUCUACCUGCGGAGCUCUGCGUUCCGCCGGCACCGGGCCCCGAAGGAGCCGCCGGUCAUCGCCACCCGGGCCGGCACGUCCAGGCCCGUGGUGCUGAGGCCGCCCCCCGCGUGGAGGAGGAAGCCGGCGGAGCGCACGGGCCGCUGGAGUCCUCAGCCCGCGGAGGCGCAGCCCGAGCUCCGCUCGUCCCCCGCCCGCGCCCGGUCCCCCUUCCCGGCCGCGGCUCCGGCCCCAGCCCGGGCCCGCGCCCCGGUGCACAGCUCCAAGGUGCCGGCGGCUCCGCCCGGGGAGGCCUGGGCCGCCAGAGAGACGAAGGGCCGCGCGCCCUCCAGGAGGACCUCCAGCGCGGGGAGCGAGGCGGCCGGCCGGCGGCGGAGAGUGAGGAUCCGCUCCCAGGUCCUGCGCGACGGCGCGCCCGCCGCCCCGCGGGACACGCCGCGCGCCGCCUCCGAGGCCAGCGCCGACAGCCUGCCCGCCAGCGAGCGCCUGGGCGCCGGCGCGCACUCCCCGCUGCCCGUGCGCCCGCUGCCCACGUCCAUCGAGGAGAUCCUCGCCUCGCAGCAGUCCGAGGCCCAGCUGGCCUCGGACCAGACCAUCAAAGAGCUCAUACAGAGCGUGCUCGGCCAGAACUACGACAUUAACAUGGAAGAUAUUUCUUUAAUGGGAAAAAUGUACUGGCACAGAACAUCUCAAAUGCAAACAGAGCAAGGGUUACCGAUAAGUACUGAGGAACCUCAACUGAAUGAGACUGAUGAAAUUCCUGAGACUUUAUCAAGUGUUUUUCCAAGUGAACAAGAAGAUAUAUUAGAAUGGGGACCCUCCGAUGCAGAAAGUUUGGUAUUUAAACCUCAGGAAACUUCAGAAAUUCAGCAAGCUGGUGACUCAAAUAAACCCUUGGAAGAUAAACAGUUUAUAGGUGGAUCAGAAAAAGCCAAACAGUUAUCUAUAAAGGUGAAAUCAUCAGAUUUAUUGCAAAUCAGAGGAAAAGAAGUUAAACUAACUAAAAUUCAACCAGAAUUUCUACGACAAAGGAAGUGUGGAAAAUCCAAGCAGGAUCAAAAACUAUUUAAAGCAAAAAUUCCACACGAUCACGCCAUUCCUACCCUUCAUGAUCUGUGCACCACUGUCCCCGACCGGGUGCUGCCUGUUGACUUGCAUCUGGCUUCUCGAGUGUAUCAUACAGCCAGCAAGAGAGGCCAUGAUACUAUACUUGAAGUAUUUGGAAAUUCCUUCUUCGAUGAUCACUUUACAGCUAAAGAGCAAAACUAUCGAUUAUGGCAAGGAAUCCCUCUUAUGAGUGACAAUCAAGCAUAUGUUUCCGCCCUUCCAAUAAUGCCAGUGAUACCACCUGAAUUGCCACAAAAAAUUAGAUGGCAUGAUCAGAAACCACGCCUACAGCUCUUUGGAGAGGAAAUGUCUGCUUAUCCAGGAAUUACAAAGUUCUUUUGGAAAUCAACUUCACAAAAAUUCUCUGUUCCUGUAUCUGUCAUGAAGAAAACAGUGUAUCCAAACUAUGAGAGUGUUCAAGGAAGUAGAAUUUUAAUUGAGAAAUUUUUAUCUGAAAGCAGGGAAAGUGUCGCUGCUUUAAUUCAGCAAACCCAAACUAUGAGGAUUUUUUCCCUAAGAAAAUCUGCAUCAUAUGAAAAUAUCCCAAAAUCUUGCAGCACACGAUUUUCACAAUUAAAGAGAAUACAUUCUGCAAUUGAAUUGAGUAAGGAGAAGACUGUAACUCCAUUAGAGGUUAAGAAUGACAUGGAAAGCAGUUUAAAAGAGGUGCUGUUUCAGAAAGCUAAGGAGUUGGAACGUCGUCAGGCGGUUGAGCAAACUGAAACUGAGGAAAUCACCCAGGGGAAAGAAAAUAUAGAUAACAUCUUAGAUACCAUCGACGACAGUCACAGUCUGAGAACUGCGUCUCUUUCUCUCAUUGAAGCAUCUAGAAAAGCUGGCAUUAGUUACAUUGUUUACCCCAGGAAAAGGAAGAUGAAAUCGAAGAAAUUCUCUAAGCUUUCAACUGUGUUGGCCGAUUUAUCCAAGCCUCCAAAAGUUCUAAGCAGGUCAACAUCUCAUGGAAUCCUUCCAGAACAGAAGAAAUAUUUGAUCAAACUGCCUUUAUAUGAACGUCAAUUUCGGAGCCCCAGCCUGCCUACGUAUUUAAAUUUUGAAAAAUUUGUCCAACGUAAGGGAGGAAUUCCAGAAAAUAGUGAUGUUCGGACAUGGGUUCUUGAUAUAUUCUCUAAGGAAAUAUAUCAGAAGACAAAAAAAGAGAAAGUUGUUAAAAUAAUUGUUCAGAAAGACUUUCCUGUCAAAGAGAAAGAACCUCCAGAACUAGAACUGAAUGAUUCUUUGAAGUGUGAUCUUCCACCAGAAGUCAUUAAACAUUAUGAAUCUGAAGUGAAGAUCUUGACUGAAGAUAUAAAUAAUAAGAAAACAUAUCCUGCAUUUUCAUAUUGUAGGCGUGGCGCUCUGUAUAGGAAACUGGGGAAGUUACAGAGUGCCAUGGAUGAUCUACAGGAAGCUAUAUUCUUGGAACCACUGUUACUCAAUGCCUAUUGGCACCGGCAUCUCAUUUAUCUUUUCCAAGACAAAUUUAAUGAAGCUUUGGAUGAUCUGAAUUAUAUAACUAAAUGUAAUAAAAAUAAUGCAGAGGCAUAUUUGUCAAAGGCAGAAAUUUUCAGGAAAAGAAAAGAGGUUACUCUGGCGAUUCUAAAUUAUACCCAGGCAAUCAAGUUGAAGCCCACAGAUGCUGAUAUAUAUUUCAGGAGGGGUGAGAUGUAUGAAUUAACAAACAAAUUCUUGGCCAUUGAUGACUUUUCUACAUGCAUUUUUUAUGAUCCCAAAAGAACAGCUGCAUUAUUGAAGCGUGGAAUGUUUCACUAUGAAAAUGAAAACUGGAAUUCAGCCAUACAGGAUUUUACAGCCUUGUUAAAUGUAGAUCCCCAAAAUUCUCAAGCAAGGACAUACCGAGGGAAAUCAUAUUUUAAACGACAGUUUUAUAAGCAAGCAACUCAGGAUUUUUCUGUUGCAAUUCACUUGGAUCCUAAUAACUGGGUAGCAUAUUAUUAUAGAGGCUGCAUAUUGAGAAAGGGUAACCCUUUUAGAGCACUACAGGAUUAUAGUGUUUCAGCUCUCAUAAAUGAUGGCUAUGAGAAUCUUGCUUGUUUCCUACAUCGGGGCAUAAUCUAUGCACAUCUAAAACUUUGGUUGCUGGCAAUUUGUGACUUUGAAACUGUUAUUUCUUUAGAAAGAACUGUUACUUUGGCUUAUAUAAAUAUUGGCAUCAUAGAUCUGCUACAUUUAGAUAACUACAUUGACGCCACUUGGUAUUUUUCCGAAGCUAUUAAAAUUGAUCCUUCAUAUAUUCAAAGCUAUAUGUGUCUAGCAGAAACUUACAAUAAGGUGCAUAAAUUGCAAAAGGCAACAAGAGAGAUAACUCGUGCUAUCCACCUUCAGCCAGAUCGAAUCGAGUUAUAUAUAAUAAGAGGACAAUAUCUUCUUAGGAUGAAAUGUUAUGAUCUUGCAAAGUUCACUAUUUACCAAGUAGCAGAAAUGAACAAAGGUUUCAUUGAGUUGAGUCCUAUACAGCAAGCACUCAUUUAUUCAUUUUGUGAAAACCAUGAGGCGGCCAUUCAGAUGUUGGAUGGGGCCACUUUGAAUAGGCCUGAGAUCAACAUGAUUAUUCUAUUAGCAAAAACCCAAAUGAAGGCAAAGAGAAAUAAGGAAGCUAUGAGACUGUUUAAAAAGGUGUUGGAUCUCUGUUCUCAUCCGAAUGAGAAAGGAUCGAAUGCCUUAGAGGCGUCAGUGGACUGUCUGUAUAACUUGGGUCUUUGUUACAUGGAUGAAGGCAACUUCCAAAUGGCUUUUGAUUUUUUUAGCAAAGCUGUGAAAAUAAAUCCCAGUUUUGCAGAAGGCUUCCACCAACGAGGGCUUUGUAAAAUAAAACUCCACAGGGAUAGCUCAAUCCUGGAUUUUAACCGUGCAAUUACCUUCAAUCCACAGCAUUAUGAGGCAUAUUUAAACCGAGUAGCCUUCUAUGGGUUGAAAGGCAGAUACUCCAAAGCAAUCUUGAACUGUAAUGAGGCCAUCAAAAUUUAUCCUCAGAGUGUGCGAGCUUACAUCUACAGAGGCGUUCUCAAAUACCACAACAGGGCAUUAAUAGAUUAUGGCAUCGUGCUUCUUCUUGAUCCUGGGAAAACUGUGGCAUUCAAUACCUUAGUUAAUCGUGGACUCAUCUACUUAGGACAAGGGCAUCACCACUUUGCACUAGAGGAUUUUAAACAAGCUGCAUUUCUGAGCAAGACUAAUGUGAGCCUUUAUCAAGCCACCGCCAUGUGCUGUCACAGAAACAAAGAGUUUGAAGAAGCUGUCCUUUUCUUCACAUGGGCUAUUAGUAUCAAUCCUUGCUUUGUGGAUGCUUACACUGGACGGGGAAAUUCUUACAUGGAAUAUGGUCACAGUGAAGCCUACAAACAAGCACAGAAGGAGUUUCUGAAAGCGUUGCAUUACAAUCCAAUAUGCCUAAAAGCCAGAAUUUCUUUAGGUUACAAUUUGCAGGCCCAAGAAAAAUUCCAGAAAGCUUGGAACCACUUUACCAUUGGCAUAGAAAUUGAUCCAAAGUGCCACCUAGCCUAUGAAGGGAGAGCUGUGGUCUGUCUUCAGAUGGGCGAUAACUUCGCUGCAAUACAGGACAUUAACAUUGCCAUUAAGAUCAAUGCUACAGCAGAAUACUUAACAAACCGUGGUGUGAUUCAUGAGUUUAUGGGUCAGAAACAAAACGCAAUGAAAGACUAUCAAGCAGCAAUUUCUCUAAACCCUACCUAUGCACUGGCUUACUUUAAUGCAGGAAAUAUCUACUUUCACCACAGGCAGUUUUCCCAGGCCAGUGACUACUUCUCAAAGGCUUUACAGUUUGAUCCAAAAAAUGAAUGUGCUGCCAUGAAUCGAGCUAUUGCAAAUACAAUAUUAAAGAAGUAUGAAGCAGCAAAAGAAGAUUUUGCAAAAGUAGUUGAAAACUGUCCCUUUUGGGCUGCAGCAUAUUUUAAUAGAGCACAGUUCUACUGUUGUUUAAAGCAAUAUGAAUUAGCUGAGGAAGACCUAAGUAAAGCUCUGUCUUUGAAUCCUAAUGAUGCCCUGAUAUAUAAUCUUAGAGCAGAAGUUCGUGGUAAAAUAGGUGUGAUCGAGGAAGCUAUGGCUGACUAUAACCAAGCACUUGAUCUUCAAGAAUAUGCCAAGUGA